AAGUGUCAUGUGUCAGAAAAUACGGAAGGGUAUGUCGAGUUGUUCUUUUUUCAUGAUUUAUGAGUUAUCGGAAAAGGUUCGUGCGCUAAAAUUUGUUCGACGUUUAAGUUGGUUUCAAGUAAAUCGAUCGGUUGAAUUAAUGUUCUCUGGAGCCGUAAUAUACGAAAGAGUGCGGAACAAUUAAUCAGGAGUUGUGGCGAUGACUUCAAGACAUUGGGAUUCACGGCUCAUCUUGUUGGGAGUGUUCGUCCUUCUCCUGGUAGCAUUCGUGCCCACCGACGUUCAUGCAGAAAAAGAAAUCCCUGUGACAAAAUUUGGACAAAAUGUUGGCGGACCGACAAUGACUUUCCUUUAUUGCUACUCCUGUGGAUACCGGAAAGCAUUUGAAGAUUAUGUAAAUAUUAUACAUGAAAAGUAUCCAGAAAUAUUAAUUACCGGCGCCAACUACGAUCCCCCCGGAAUUUAUCUUUAUUUGUCAAAAGCUGUACUCUUAACAAAGCUUAUAUUAAUAAUAGUUAUAAUUUCAUCUUUUGACGUUUUUGGAGUAUUCGGACAAGUGACACCUGGUUGGUGGAGAUUCUGUACAGAAAAUAAACUAUAUGCUUGCAUGAUGAUAUUUUUCGUUGGAAAUAUGCUGGAAGCCCAACUCAUAUCAUCUGGUGCAUUUGAAAUCUCCUUUAAUGAUGUACCCGUGUGGUCCAAGAUACAAACAGGCCGCAUCCCUGCACCUCAAGAAUUGUUUCAAAUUAUAGAUAGUCAUUUGCAAUUCAGCCCGAAUAAGAUUGAGAAUCCCGGUUUUGUUAAAAAGAAUUAUGAAUAGUUCAAGUUUAAUUCAUACAAUAUCUUUUACAUCUUUCAUUUGAAUCAUUAUCGUACGCAUUUACGGGUCGUAGAAAAUGGUUUGUAUCUAGCUUUAGGAAUUUCUUGAAUAGAGUUAUGUUGUCCCAUGUUAUUAGUCAUUUCAUUAUAUAAGAGCUCUAUUAUCCCUUUAGAUCCGAAAAUUAAAUUUAAUUGGAAUUAUGGCAAAUUGAAGUUUUUCGAAACUUUUGUAAUGAUUUGUAAAGAUUGUAUAAUUUCAUAUUAAACGUAUUAUUCAUUCA